AUGAGCAGGAACGCCUUGGAGAGGGACAAAAGCGAGGACCCAGAGUUGGUGGAGGAAAGGCAUCAACCGGAGCAGACGGUAGUAGUGGCAGUGACGCCAUCAGGUGGAGAAGUGACCAACAACAGGUAUAGUGUUGAAGGAUUCCAGACAGGAAUUUCUUCGGUAGGGCUGCGGUUCAGCGGGCAGCUGCUUAGCACGCAGAAAGUCCAUGUCCCAUCUGUGCUGCUUGGUGCUAGGGAUGUACUGAUUGGUGGGGUCGUCUCUCUAGCUGCAUACCCAAAUAACAUUCUGUCUUUCAACGAACACCCUGCACGAAUGGUGAUUGAUGACCCCCUGUUACUAACAAAACACUACCAACAUAUCUUGGCCAUGGCAUUUGCUAUAAAAGAAAUAAACGAGAAUCCCAACUCCAUAUCCAACAACAGUUUGGGUUUCUAUAUCCUCAGCACUAGUGGUAAUGGAAGGAUGACAUCUAAGGCCACUCUCAACCUUCUUUCUGCACACCAGAAGAUGGUACCCAACUUCAGCUGUGCUACACAGAAGAAACUUGUAGCUCUCAUUGGAGGGCUUUUCUCUGAAAUCUCUGCUAAGAUUGCCACCAUUCUGAACAUCUACAAAACUCCACAGCUCCACACCUUUCUAAGGAAUAUUCUCUUCAAUAAUAGUGCUGGAGACACCCUGCAUUUUGAUAACUACAAUGAAUUAGUUACAGAUUUUGAUGUUACCAACUGGGUAACCUUCCCCAAUGGCUCAUUUGUUAGAGUCAAAGUGGGAACACUGGAUCCUCAUGCCCCUCCAGGCAAUGAACUACAUCUUAAUGAUGAGCAGAUUGUGUGGCACAGCAGUUUUAAUGAGGUUCUACCUCUCUCUGUGUGCAAUGAUCCCUGCCUUCCUGGCUACAGCAAGAGAAUGAAAGAGGAAGAAAAAUUUUGCUGCUAUGAUUGUUUUCCGUGUCCAGAAGGGAUGUUCUCUGAUCAGAUAGGUAGGAGAUACAUGGAAGCCUGUGUCCAAUGUGCAGUUGAUCUUUAUCCCAGCAGAGAGAAAAAUCAAUGCAUUCCCAAGCUUAUAAACUACCUCUCUUACCAAGAACCUCUAGGGAGAGUGUUAGCUAUGUUGGCUAUUUCUUUAUCUAUAGUGACAGUCCUGGUGCUUGGAACUUUCAUUCAGCACAAGAACACGCCCAUUGUCAAAGCCAACAACCGGAGCCUCACGUAUAUUCUACUCAUCUCCCUCCUGUUUUGCUUCCUCUGUUCAUUGCUCUUCAUUGGGAAACCUUCAAAAGUGACCUGUCUGAUCCGACAAGUGACAUUUGGCAUUGUUUUCUCUCUGGCCCUUUCCAGUGUGUUGGCCAAAACCAUCACCGUGGUUCUGGCCUUCAUGGCCACAAAACCAGGAUCCAGGAUGCAGAAAUGGGUGGGCAAAAAAAUGUCACAAUCUAUUGUCCUUUCUGGUUCCUUCCUUCAAGCAGCUCUUUGUACUCUUUGGCUCAGUACUUACCCACCCUUUCCAGAUCAGGAUAGGCACUCAGUGUCUGGGGAAAUCAUACUGCAAUGUAAUGAAGGGUCAGUUGCCAUGUUUUAUUGUGUUGUAGGCUAUAUGGGCUUCCUGGCUGCCCUCAGCUUCACUGUGGCUUUUCUAGCCAGGAAAUUACCGGACAGUUUCAAUGAAGCCAAAUUCAUCACUUUUAGCAUGUUAGUCUUUUGCAGUGUUUGGUUGUCCUUCUUCCCAACUUACUUGAGCACUAAAGGGAAAUCCAUGGUGGCUGUGGAGGUCUUCUCCAUCUUGUCAUCCAGUACUGGGGUGCUUGGUUGCAUCUUUUCUCCAAAAUGUUACCUCAUUUGGUUGAGGCCAGAGCUGAACAACAGGGAACAGUUAACUAGGAAAGGAUAA